AUGGGCUGGAACUCUGCACGCCUGCAGCGCUUGCGUAGACCAACCGACUUAUCGAACACGAAAACCGAACGACCCAACAAUGACCCAAGAAUCACGGCGACGGGCGACGCCAACAAGCCGCCCAUCCAGCUCUCGGACGACUCAGCUCUAUCCGAUGCGUGCACCAACACCCCUUUGGCCGGGCCGUCAGACGAGCCCGAGUACGUCACAGGGGCAAAGCUGUACAUAAUCGUCACGGCACUCACGGCCAUCCCGCAAAAUCACGACCGACUUCAAGUCCUCGAGGACAUUGGCUGGUACGGGUGGGCAUACAACUUUAGCAGUGCCGCUGCAUAG